AUGGAAGAGGAGAUUGUGAAUGAGGGACUUCCUCAAGGUGACCAAGUUCCUCUAGGCAAUCAAGUUCCGGUGGAUCCCCCAACCAUGACCAAUGAAGAAGUUAGGUUGGCUCUUUUGAUGAUGGCUCAAGCCGUAACUACUCAAGCCGAAGCCAUGACGGCUCAAGCUACUAGGGGUGUUGAGGCAAAUAUGAACCCUAUUGUGAGCACUAUGGCUUCUAGGUUGAGCGACUUUGUGAGGAUGAAUCCUCCGGUAUUUCUUGGUUCCAAGGUGGGAGAGGAUCCCCAAGAGUUUUUGGAUGAGGUGUAUAAGGAGUCCAAACUUAAGAGGAAGAAUAGGGAGUUGAAGAGAGUUAGGUCCGAUGAGCAAGGUCAACCAAGGUUCAAAAAGAGGAGUUCUAACCAAGAUUCUUCAAGAACUCCUAGAGUUAACCAAGAGAAAGGUGGUGGGUCUUCAUUUUCUAAACCUGCUUGCACCGCUUGUGGAAAGAAGCAUUUUGGGAAGUGCCUAGCCGGUACUAAUAGGUGCUAUAGUUGUGGGAAGAAUGAUCACCAAGUGAGAAAUUGUCCUACUCUUACGACCAAAGGAAGGGAGGCUAAACAAGCUUCUCUUGAUGGCCCAGAUCCUAAUGCUCCAAAGAAAAAUCGCUUAUAUGUACUUCAAACCAAAGAGGGCAAAGGAGCUCAUCCGAAUGAAGGCACCGGUAAGUGA